GCGACGCAGAGGGAUGCAUAGCAACUUUGCGGUCUGCUUUUGCUGACUUGUGUGCUUCCUGCCCCGACCCAGAAGGAGAGGUCAUGCAAGGUUGGAAGUGGCUUUGCUUGAAUCCCGUGCCAGCCGAGGGGGAACAGGAUGAGCAUUUGUUUGAGAUGCGAGCGUUUUAUUCUCAGAAGCUUUUUGAUUCCGUGCAACUUCACACACAGGUGCCCCAGCUUCUAGGUUCUGGCCGCACCGCGCUCUCAGACAAGGUUGGAGCCCAUGUGUUGUCAUCUUUGCUUGAAGCUGGGAGUCUGGAUGGUUUGCAGGCGUAUCUAGAUUCUUGCAUUGGUUGGUGUUCGGACAUGGGCGUUGAGAUUGGCGUUCCAGAGUGUCAAGUGACAUAUGCGGAGACCAUGCUUCCCAGCUUUAUCCGUCCAGUUCGUGUGGAAGAGUUGCCGUGUGAUGAUGAUGGGUUUGUUGAGGAAGGCCCAGUGCUGCCUGCCCAAGCCGCCCAAGCCAGUGCAAGUCAGAACCUGAUGGCAAAUGCUCUUCAUGCCCGUUUAUCCGUUGAGCAAUGGGGUCGAUUGAGGGCAGAAUGGGAUAAAGCUGGUGCAUUCAUCAGUGAGAAUUUGAAGAUCAGGCUUGGUUUUUAUCAAGGCUUGCCAUGGGUGAUUCUGGGUGGCACGCACCCAGACCGUGAGAAGGCAAUGGCAUGUUUGCAACAGGGUCAGCAUUUGUGGGAUGCUUUGCCAGGGGCUGCCCGUCACCUGCAGCACAGGCUGGCAAAAGAUUUGUUUACGCCUGGACCGCUUCAUGAUGACUUGCAGCACUUCUUGUCUGGCGAAUUCCUAGAAGAUUGCCCCAGCUUGGAAGCUUUCUUGGCGCCUUUGACUUUCAUUCAGAUAGCUGAGAGAAUCAUAGAGGGGGCCCACAAGGAUUUAGGAGUGUUGCCUAAGUAUCACAGCAUGACUGCUUUGUCAAUCGAAUUGAGGGCGCCUGAGUUGAACAGGAGCUUGUCUUUGCGCCCUGAACUGUUUGGCAAGCUGCUUGAAUGUUUCCAGGCAGCUCGCAAAAUCCGAAAGGUAAGUAGCAUCUUCCCCUUUUUUCGAGGCCACCCACGUGUGCGUGCCCUAGAUGCAGGCGGUGCAAAGACUGCCACAAGCAAGUAUGUGACACAGCUACGUACCCUGCUGUACCGUGAUUCUGUGGUGCAACAUGGAGACAUCAGGGCUGCAGCAGGCUUAAACGAGUCCCACAAGGCUCAGCGGGAUAAAUUGAAAAGAGGUCUCGAACCCAAGGAGCCGCCGCUCUCUCAAGCUAUACUAUUUGGCCAGGCAGCUGUCAACCAUGUGCGGCAAGUUUGUGGGGAUGACCCCGGUGCAGUGUUGUCGCUUAGGGAUGGUUUUUGGGCCCCAGUGAUCCUGCGACCCUCAGCUAUUCACAAGGUCUCCCACGCCCCUCUUGCAAUUGCCAGUAUGAACAAGAAUGACAUUUUGGUCAGCAAGCUAGAAAACUUUGGCACUGCAGACGCUCCGACUGUUUCUGCCCUGAGCGAAGGACCUAGGUCAGAGGUGCUCAACUUGUGUUCGUGUGCCCAUGACAUGGGCUUGGACGCAUUCCUAUCAAGUACAAGGCUUUGGAGGAAGCAGGGGGAGGUGUGUGUUUCGGUGCCCAGCAUUGAAGGUGUGCCUGAUGCGCAUGUAGCAGGUCUUGUGCAACGCAUGGUGAAAGAGCAUGCCUUGUCUGAUUGUGUAAAUGGAGUUGUGCCUGCUCGUGGGAGUGAGGAAGAGGCAGCUUUGCGGGGUUUGGUUCAUGAAGGGUUCGCAGAAGAAACGUGUUUGGGCGCGCGCCUAACAUCAGAGGGAGUUGCUGCAUUGACGUUUCGUCACAUACUUUCCUCCCCGCUGCCCCUGACGCAGGCCAGAAAUGUCCCGCUUGCUGAGCUUUCAGUCUUUGAGUUGAUGGUGUCAAUGAGGUCAAAAGGCUGGGCUUGGUCUGCUCUUCCAAGCAAGAAGGCUGAUAGGCUUGCUCUCAAGUUCUCGCCAGGUGAUCCGCUUGUCUUUUAUACUGCUGGGGUAACAGUCUGCAAAUCUUACCUGCUCUGUUUGUUAGACGCCGAGAACUUGAGCACCAAGUAUGGCGUGGCAUCCAUCCCGCACAGCCUGCCUCCUGACGCUUAUGAUUUGAUCCUGCAAGGCAUGCAGCCCGCGCAAGCUUCAAAGUCCAUAGAGAACAUGCCUAAGCGAGGCAAGAAGCGAGGUGUCAACCUUGAUCUUGAUGUGGAGGUGUGUGGCGAACUUCAAGAUAUCGAGCCUGAGCCUGCUCUUCCAGCCGUUUUGCCAGCUGAAGGGGUGGUUGCUCCUGAUCAUCCGGUUGAGGAAGGAGAAGAAUCACAUGAUAGUUUAGAACGCGAAUUGGAGAGAUUGAUAGAGCAAGAGGCUGAAGAGCUUGUAGACGAAGUGACGAUUUCGGGCAGCGCCGCAGCUGCAGUUGCUACAGGGCCAGAUGACAGCAAGGGUUCCAGUGCAGAUGGUGCAGCAGCAGCUGCCUCUCGUGAUGUCAGUGACUCAGUGCCUGUGAAAAAGAAACGCGGCGGUCAUGAUGCUCAGGUUCGGAGACUGCCUCGGCUCGCACCAUGGGGCCCUUUCAUCUUUCACCGCAAGCAUGCAGCUGCUUCGCCCCCUUUCGGCGGUGUGGAGUGUGUUUGUCCAUACCACGCUCUGAACAGUAAGACAGGCUGUAAAAAAUUUGUCAGUUUGCAGGGGCCGCUGGAGUCGGAUGAGGAGCGUUGCCUGCUCACUUUGAAACACUGGGCGAACCAGGCUCAGCAUUUUAACAGGCAGCGCAGCCACUUGAAGAUGCCUCUUAGGCCGGCAGAUAUUCCCAGUGCUGGAAUCGUUCUUCAGCAGAAGCCAACAGGUGAGGCGCCACGUCAGGUCCGCACAGAUGUUGAAUUGGACCUUGCCGAUGGUGCUGCGCACUGGUCCUCAGUGUGUGGCUAUGUGAUUGAGUUUGAAGGGGACCUGAUUGCUUUCCUCGUGAAUGAAAAGCAGGCCGGGAAGCCAGCUUGUGCCACGAGGUAG